ACAAAACUAAUUAAUAUGUGAAGAUAAGAGAGAGAAUGAGAGAGUUAGCGAGAGACAGUGCUAGGGUUAGGGCAAGGUUUCUGACAGCCAAGGACAGUGGUAGUGGGAUCAGGCGGCAGCUUCCACGGUGGCAGAUGUGUAUAUUCCAGCAAUGCGCGAUUGAAGAGGCCGUCGGUUUGGUUUUGUUCCACAAGCAAUUGGAGAAACAAUGGAUUAGAAGAGACAGUAAGGUGACUCCAGGGAAAACUUAUGCUCAGGUUGUUGUUGGAAAUAUGGGUGCACUAAAGGAAGGGAAGUCCUCAACUAAUGGGAUCAAGCAGGUUGUUGCAAAGAAAGGAAAGGAGGCUAUGGAGGAUGCGGGGGAGGAGGGUUUAAGGUUGAGGGAAUUGAACGUGGUGCCAGAGACAUCACCUGAGAAGGUUACUGUGCCAGAAAUAGAGCGGGUUUUAAACUUUAUUCCUAAAGAUGACGAAGUGGUAUGGCUGAAACAAAGUAUGGUGGCUAAGGUUCGAUCUUUGGAUAUGGUGAAGAAAAUUCAAAACAGCUUGGAUGUGGAGGGAUUAAUGGUGAAUGUUGCUCUGCUUGGUGGUCGACAGGUCAUUUUAGUGGAUAAUUCGGAAGGUGGCCUAGAGGAGUUUCUCAACCAAACUAGAGAAUUGGUGGAAUUGUGGUUUGAAUGGAUAAAGCCAUGUUCUUUAUCUACAGUAUCUUCAUUGAGUAGAUUGGACUGGUGGUUGGUCGGAGAACGUCGAAAUCCAACCACUCAACCCAGUUUAGAAUAUUUCAGCAGCGAGGAUGAAGAAGGCGAUGACGGUUACAGCGAUUUGAAUUUGAAUUUGAAUGGAAAUGGUUUUUUGGGCGAAGAUGGCAGAGAGUUGGCCGAAGAUCAUGUUGUAACGGAUUUGGAUUUAAACAUAGAGUUAAGUAGACAAGUAGAGUCAAAGGGAGAAGAAGCAGCUGGGUUUGUCGGCCUAAAUGGGCUAGAAGAAUUUGGGCCGGAUAAGGGGAACCAGGUUGGGCCAGGAGUUGUUGACAAUGUAAUUGGGUUGGAGGAAGCACAGCCUAGUUGUGGGUCCAUAUUUAAAAUUCAAGAGACUUCUACCCAGCUGCAACAGAUGGCAUUGACGGAAAAAAAACACAGAAACCUGAGGGAGAUUUAUGCAGGGGUUGCUAGAGCAGAUGAAUCGAUGAGAAAGGGUGAUAGUUGGAUUACGGCACGAACUAAGAGUAGACGGGAUAGGAGGAUAACAGCAAUGCAAGAAGAGGAGAGGCCGAAUCUGCAGCAGGAAAGUUGCUCUGUGUCAGAUGGUUGCAUUCAACACAGAAAUGAGAUUAUUCGGCGACAAUUGGAGACAAAUGAGGUGAGGGAACUAUUUGUGUUGGGGCAAAGGUUGGGGAUUCAAUGUCAACAAAACGAUGAAGAUGUGAUUUCUAGGUUGGCAGCUUUGGAGGAGAGAGAUGAGAGGAAGGCCUCUUUGUGGGAGGAGAUUGGUGGAUCGGUUUUGGAAGAGGGUGAAGGGACCGGGUUAAUUGAUAUCAAGUUGCGGAAUAGGAAAUUCACUUGGUAUAGACCAGAUGGAACUUCAAUGAGCAAGCUUGAUAGAUUUCUGCUAACUAUAGAAAUGAGUUUGUUGGAUAGAGAAUGGACUCAAGUUGGUGUUCGAAGAUCAAUUUCUGAUCACUGUGCAAUUAUUUUGACAUCAAGAAAUGUGGAUUGGGGUCCCAAGCCUUUUCAAGUACUUGAUGCAUGGCAACAAUAUCCAGAUUUUCGAGAAUUUGUGGAGGAUAGAUGGAAGGCUAUGCAAAUCAAAGGUUGGGCCUCAUACAAAUGUAAACAGAAGCUGAAGCUUUUAAAAGAGGAAUGUAAAGGAUGGAAUAGUGGGGUGUUUGGCAAUGUGGAGACUCAAUUUGACACCCUAUUAAAGCAAGUUGAGAGGUUGGAUAAAAAAAGUGAGGAGGAUGAGUUGGAAGAGAAUGAGGUGCUACUGAGAAAGGAGUGUUUUCAGGGGAUGUGGGAUAUUUUAAGAAAGAGAGAAGCUGUGUGGAAGCAGAAAGCACGGACUAAGUGGGUUCGUUUGGGAGAUGCAAAUACAGCAUUCUUUCAUAGGAGUGUUCAUGCAAGGAGAGCACAGAAUGGCAUAUCUGGUAUCUUAGGCGAGAAUGGUUGGGUUGAGGAACCGGAUGUAGUCAAGGAGGAGGCAAUUAAGUAUUUUAGCAAGCUGUUUCGAGAUGAAAAGUGGCAUCAUCCUGUCUUGGGUGGGAUUCAAUUUCAUAGAAUUUCUGCGAUACAAAAGAAGUGGUUGGAAAGACCUUUCACAAUAGAGGAAAUUGAAGAGGGACUUCAAAGUUGUGCUGGAUCGAAGGCACCAGGACCAAAUGGUUUCAAUUUUAAUUUUAUAAAAUUUGCAUGGAGCACGAUGAAGGAUGAUUUUGUGAAUUUCCUGUAGGAAUUUCAUUGUCAUGGGAGGUUAGGAGAUGGUUUAGAGGGUUUAUGGAAGAGGGUGAUUUGGGAGAAAUAUUAUGGGGGUCGAAAGGAGGUUGAAGUUACUUCAUUUGCAUCUUUAAAUAUGUCUCGGGUGUGGAAGGACAUUGUGAGUGUGGGUAGUGGGUCUGAAAGGCUAUUGGAGAUGCUAGUAAAGGGCUUUAAAUGGA